AUCCAUGGCUGCGUCUGUUUCAGGCUGUUUCUAGUUAACCAUUACAUUUAGAUGCCAUAAAAUGCUACUUUAUUGAUUUAAAACUUAAAUUUACCACCAAGCUUUUAUAAAAUAUCUUUUUAAUGUUUUAGUGACUUUUCACAGGACAAUAAAUGUUGUUUUAAGGAAAAAUGAAGCAAGUUUCACCAGAAUCUCAUAUUCGUUAAACAGAAGAACUGAAUAGCAGAGAGCACCAAACCGUCUUGUGACAAGACGAUUUUUAGCAUAAGGAGCUCCAUCACUGUUGCCGAGUUAGACUUGUCUAAUAAACACCCAAAGUACCAACAUCAGCGCACUCCUUUUAGGAUCAAGCACUCAUAGAGAAAGGAGAAUAUGAUGGCUCUCUGAGAGAAAAUUGGUAUCAGCAAGAACAGAAAUCAGAAACCGUGAUUGACCUACAAAACCAGAAUUGGUGCAUCAGUCUCUCACCAAACUCUUCAAUAACCCACUCAGUUCAAUUCAGUUCAAGUUUGUUUAUAUAGAGCCAAAUCGCUUGAACUCAUUUAAACUCAAAUAUCAAAUAUAUCAUACAUGAAACACAUUUUAGGACUUUAAAAGCUCCAUGUCUUUGACAGAAUUUUCCUCAAUAACCUUUAAGUUAAUAUACUACAUAUACUAUAACUACACUAUAUCAAAUCAUGUCUUUUCCUCUGAUGGAGGUUCUAAGUAUACUGCAGGUGGAAAGUGCCCAUAAAGUCUUAUUUAUGUUUUAUAACCUCAUAAUUGCGUCAUACCAUGCCACUGAUGUUGAAUAAUUAUCAGCUAGUACAAAGGGGUUAUUUUUUAUUUUACGCAUCAAGCUUUCAAAGAUUAAUGUUUGUGUUUUUUAUUUUAUUUGUUUUGGGUUCAAGCUUCAGGUUCAAGUCCAGAUAUCUGGUUGUCCUGAACAACCAGAUCCUACCGCUGAACAAUAAAUAGAUAAACAAAUAAAUACAUGAUUUCAGAGGGAAAUCACCCGUGUGUGUUCUGUUUCCUGACUCAGUGCAGCUCUGAUGGACCCGGUUCUUACUCCUGUCUCUGUUGGAUCUGCUGAUGCGCAUAAAGAUAGUGCAUGAGAAAGAAAGGAGACCACGCGCACGAUAGCUUUACAUCCGAGUGUCGCGCGCGCGUGUUUGUGUAUGUGUGUGCAUGUGUUAGCGCGAGCGUGGCAAACUCCUCAUAGGCAACGGGAAGUAUGAGUUGAUGCGCCGGUAAAAGGGACGCCGCCGCUUCCGCUUCUCCUCCGCCGCCUUCUGCACACCGACACGAGAUCCUUCUUCCUGCGAAAAGAAAAGAAAUCCUGCACCGGAGCUAUCCCGUUCUUAUCGCUGCAAGUCUGAGGCAUUAUGAGGGAAGGAUCUCACCCGGAAUGCGUCUCGUUUAAGGACUCGUUCUUUUUCUGUUUGCACCAAGAGCGGCAGAAACAUGGAACUUAGUCGGUUUUUCUCUCCGUUUGAUGCGCUGCGCCCCGGGAGGAAAUGACUGCAUUUACUGUCGAUGCGUCCGGAGAGAGCGCAGGCUUUGAGAUGAAUUGUUGGUGAGAAGGGGAAAAAAAAAAGAAAAACGGUGGUCACUUACUGAGGAUACAAGUAAAACCGGAGGGGGAAAAUGCAGUUUGAGACAUUGCGUCAGUUCUGUAGCUCGGUUUUAUCACAUUUCAACGGGGCUUUCACGGCUCCUCAGAACAUCCUGCAGACGGAGCUUUUGGAGCAGGCGCUGAGCAGCAUCGGGAAGAGAAGUCCAUCAGCAUCCAGGGAUCCAAACCAAAAAUACGACCAAAGGGAGGGGGGCGAUCACCCACAGUAUGCCCCUUCAGACGGCAGCAUGCCCAGAUCACCUUCUGACUAUGGGGAUGGGGACCCUCGGCGGGCUCCGCGGGGCCCACACAUAUUCCCAGAUGUGGAUUCAAUGAGGACGGGCUACCGGGACCAUCGGGGACCAAGUCGCUGGCACUCCCAGGAAUACCCCCUUGAUCAAGAGCUAGAUGGACCGCCUAGUGAGUUUGACCUCCAGCGUCAGCGCCAGGAGGAGUUCCAGACCCGAUACCGCAGUGAUCCAAACUUGGCUCGCUACCCGGUCAAGCCUCAGCCCUAUGAGGAGCAGAUGAGGAUGCAUGCUGAGGUGGGCCGGCUGAGACACGAGCGUCGCCACAGCGAUGUCUCACUGGCCUACACAGAACAGGAUGACCCAGAUCCAAUUAGACUGUCCCGUCAGCAUCUCACUGAGCGCCGGCCGCCUAUGAUGGGACAGCGCUCUUACUCUGUAGACCGGUCCUCCCCGGGGCCCAUGGGUCCUGGUCUUGGAAGCCAUAGAACCUCCAACCACAGUCCUCCAACUCCACAUCGUAGCCCCGUGCUUGGUAAUCGGUCAGGAGACCUAAGAAGAGGAGACCUUGGUGUUGCUGGGGACACCAUGAGGAGGCAGCAACACCACCUGGACCCAAGCUCGGCUGUCCGUAAGACAAAAAGAGAAAAGAUGGAGAGUAUGUUACGGAAUGACUCACUUAGCUCAGACCAGUCAGAGUCGGUGCGACCCCCACCCCCCAAGCCCCACAAAACCAAAAAGGGAGGGAAGAUGAGGCAGGUGUCUCUAAGCAGCUCAGAGGAAGAGCUGGCCACUACGCCUGAAUACACAAGCUGUGAGGAUGUGGAGAUCGAGAGUGAAUCAGUCAGUGAGAAAGGGGAGAGUCAAAGGGGAAAAAGAAAAACUAUUGAGCAGGCAUUUAUGUCCGAGCCGACACACACCUUAUCUGAGAGGCAAAAGAAAAUGGUGCGCUUUGGGGGACACUCAUUUGAAGAGGACUUGGCAUGGUGUGAACCACAGGUUAAAGACUCGGGAGUUGAUACGUGCAGUAGCACUACCCUAAACGAGGAGCAUAGCCAUAGUGAGAAGCACCCGGUGACAUGGCAGCCGUCCAAAGAUGGGGAUCGCCUAAUUGGUCGAAUACUGCUCAACAAGCGUAUGAAAGAUGGAAGCGUGCCUCGAGACUCAGGAGCUCUGCUUGGUCUUAAGGUGGUCGGAGGCAAGAUGACGGAAUCUGGUAGACUUUGUGCUUUCAUCACUAAAGUGAGGAAAGGAAGUUUAGCAGACACUGUAGGACACCUCAGACCCGGUGACCAGGUGCUGGAGUGGAAUGGAAAGCUUUUACAAGGAGCCACAUUUAAAGAAGUUUACAAUAUAAUACUGGAAUCCAAGCCUGAGCCGCAAGUGGAACUGGUGGUCUCCCGGCCUAUUGGAGAUAUUCCAAGAAUACCUGACAGCACACAUGCACAACUGGAAUCAAGUUCAAGCUCUUUUGAGUCUCAGAAGAUGGAUCGCCCGUCAAUCUCCGUCACAUCCCCCAUGAGUCCCAGUAUACUGAGGGAUGCCCCUCAGUAUCUGUCUGGACAGCUCUCAAGCCAAAGCCUUAGUAGAAGAACAACGCCUUUUGCCCCUAGGGUCCAGGUCAAACUGUGGUACGACAAAGUGGGUCACCAGCUAAUUGUGACCAUCCUGGGAGCCAAAGACCUGCCACCCAGGGAAGAUGGCCGUCCCAGGAACCCAUAUGUUAAAAUCUACUUCCUCCCUGACAGAAGUGACAAAAGCAAGAGGAGAACAAAAACAGUAAAGAAAUCCUUAGAGCCCAAAUGGAAUCAGACCUUUAUGUAUUCACCGGUACAUCGGCGGGAGUUUCGAGAGCGCAUGCUGGAGAUCACAUUGUGGGACCAAGCCCGAGUCAGGGAGGAGGAGAGUGAAUUCUUAGGAGAGAUACUUAUUGAGCUGGAAACUGCACUUUUAGAUGACGAACCUCACUGGUACAAGCUACAAACCCACGAUGUGUCAUCCAUCCCACUUCCACGUGCCUCCCCAAACGCUCAGCGCAGGCAGCUUCAUGGAGAGAGUCCGACCCGGCGGCUGCAGAACAAAGGCUCUUAUUCAUACAACUCAGGAUCCCAAAGGAUAAGUGACAGCGAGAUAUCAGACUAUGAUUGUGAAGAUGGAGUUGGGGUUAUACCAGACUAUCGGCCAAACGGAAGAGACUUCCAGAGCUCCACGUUGUCUGUCCCUGAGCAGGUCAUGUCAUCUAACCACUGCUCUCGAUCAGCUGACAUAAACCGGGCGAGGUCGCGCUCUCCAAGCGUUCCCCCACCUUCCAGCCGCAACCAUCGUGUGUACCCAAUCUGCAGAGAGGAAGCAGUCAGGUUACUGCGUUCUGCUAGGAUGACCCGUGCCUAUUCUGAGGGCGCCUAUUCCUCCGACUAUGACUAUGAGAGGAACCAUGGAGCCAUGGAUAGACACGAGUUUCACAGCAGGUCCCGCUCUGCAGACCAACGGGCCACUAUAGAGCGCCUAUCAUCCCGCUCGCGCUCCUCUGAGCGCCCCCACGACUCUUCACUCAUGAGAUCGAUGCCGUCUCUGCCAUCUGGGAGGUCCGCACCCCCCUCACCAGCCAUGACGAGGGCACAUCCUCGCAGUGGAUCAGUCCAAACCAGUCCCACCAGUACACCUAUGUCCAGUAGAAGAGGGAGACAACUCCCACAGCUUCCACCCACAGGAAAGGAAAGAAGUAUGGACAUGGAGGAGAAGACCAAGCAGAUGAAACUAAAGAUGAACAAGUACAAGCAGGGAGCAGGCUCUGACUCCAGACUGGAGCAGGAUCACCACAAGCGUUCAGGAAGAGACCCACGGGGCUCAGACAACCUGUCAGCGAAGUCGUCGGACAGCGAUGUAAGCGACGUGUCUGCUGUAUCAAGAACCAGCAGUGCCUCUCGGUUCAGCAGCACAAGCUACAUGUCUGUCCAGUCAGAAAGACCUGUGGGAAAUCGCAAGAUCCGCCAGUUGCAAUCGAGAGGCCAUUCACGGGAGGGGGAUGAGCAGUUAGGCGAGGUGCAGGAGGAGGAGGAGAUGGGAGAGAGAAGGAGAGAGAGUAGAAAGGAGGGGGGAUUGCAGGGAGGAAACAAGGAGUCAAGGGGACAGGUAGACAGAGUUGAGCAGCAUCAGGAGGAUUUGGUGGAGGAAGAAGAGGACUUGCACCAAAGGAGUAUCUCAGAGACUAACCUCAGUGACUUUGCAUCCAAAAUGAAAAACAGGCAGAUGGGCUCGUCCAGUGGGAUGAACAUGACCAAGAGCACAAGCAUCAGUGGCGACAUGUGUAACCUGGAGAAGACGGAUGGCAGUCAGUCAGACACAGCGGUCGGCACGGUAGGAACUGACAGCAAGAAGAGGCGCUCCAGCAUUGGUGCCAAAAUGCAGGCCAUGGUUGGCAUGUCGCGCAAGAGCCGGAGUACCUCUCAGCUCAGCCAAACAGAAGCAGGAGGUAAAAAGUUACGGAGCACCGUUCAGAGGAGUACAGAGACGGGUUUGGCGGUGGAGAUGAGGAGCAGGAUGACUCGGAAGGCCAGUCGGGAGUCCACAGAUGGCAGCAUGAACAGCUACAGCUCCGAGGGAAACCUCAUCUUUCCUGGCGUGAGGCUCUCUUCAGACGCUCAGCUCAGUGACUUCCUGGAUGGUCUCGGCCCUGCCCAGCUGGUUGGACGUCAGACCUUGGCUACUCCACCAAUGGGGGACAUUCAGAUUGGCAUGGUGGAGAAAAAAGGAGCCCUGGAGGUGGAGGUCAUUAGAGCCCGAGGCCUUGUAGGAAAACCAGGUUCCAAGGCACUGCCAGCACCAUAUGUAAAAGUCUACCUUUUGGAGAAUGGAGUCUGCAUAGCCAAAAAGAAAACUAAAGUAGCAAGAAAAACAUUGGAUCCUCUUUACCAGCAGCAACUGCCGUUUGAGGAGAGUCCUGGAGGGAAAGUUUUACAGGUCAUUGUUUGGGGUGAUUAUGGACGCAUGGAUCAUAAGUCCUUCAUGGGUGCAGUUCAGAUACUGUUAAAUGACCUGGACCUGUCCAAUAUGGUGAUCGGCUGGUACAAGCUCUUUCCUCCUUCCUCUCUGGUUGACCCAACUCUAGCCCCACUGACAAGAAGAGCUUCCCAAUCCUCACUGGACAGUUUCUCUCGAUCAUAGCAGCGUGUGGACUCAUAGCAAUGGUGUAGCAGCCAGUGUUGCAACAACAGGUCACAAGCCCCGGUUACACUGCAUGCUUGAUGUUGUGUCUUCUGAGCCUGUUUCCAGGGAUGUGCAAACGUGAUCCUGUGUUUUAAGCAAAAACGUUGCGCACAUUGUGCACGUGGCAAAGUGUGUUGCAAAGCACCCACUGGCAGGGAAUGCCAGGUGUUGUUAUGCAAAGGAAGAUGGAACAAACUCCUUAGCACGAGGAACACAUCCGUUCCCAGUUUUCUUCCAAUUUGAAGCCAUGAGGGCCAGCACUGGGAACCACUGAACGAGUUCUUCAGAGGCCCUUUUUGAAUGAAAAAUCAAUGCGUUGCUUUGAUAUUUUAUCUUUGUUUUGUUUCAUGUCAUUUUUGUUUGUUUAUUUCUGUUCAUUUUGAUGUUCUUGUAUCUCAAGGGGGAGGGGGACAAUGUUUCUAAUCAGAUGCUUGGUCACACCAUGCCAACAGACCUAGCUGUGUGCACGCAGUUUGGAGAGCACCACUUUGACAGGGGUGACUUUAUUCUCGUCCAACAGGAGGGAGGCAGUGUGUUCUCUGAGUUUAGGAGGUGAUUGAUCUGUGCUGAUCAAUGAUCAGGUGCAAUACUGAAAAGGCCACUAUCAAAACUCCAGAGUAUAUAGUAACAAUCCCAACCCCAUGGAAAAAAUGUACAAUCUUUAAUAGUCUUUCUUUGUUGUAUGAAAAUUAAAUGAGAAAAAGUAUUUUCCUUUUUUUAGUUAAUUUGCAUGGGCACAAACGUAGCUGAAUUAAAAAAAUGUAUUUUCUUGGGGCUGCAACUUGCAAAAAAGAAAAAGAAAUAAAAGAGAUCAGCCAUUUUCAACAGUUUAUAUUAUUUUUAAAGAUAAAUUUCAAUAAUGCAUGGUUUUCAAGCAGAGUGAAUGCAACAUCAUAAAAAAACAAAAGACGUUUAGACCAUUCAUGAGUCUGUGUUUCACAGACAUGCAGAUAGGGAAACGUUAAAAUAAUCCUUUGGACUAAUUAAAGAAAAAAAAGACAAUGAAAAUAAAUAUUAAUUAUUAAUUUCAUUGUAAAAAAAGGCUUCUGCCUUAUAAAUAUAAACUGUAUGUGCAAAUUGUACGUUUCUCUUUUUCUUCCUUGUCCAAGGGUACUUCUCAUUGUAGUAUUCAUUAUUCAGUCCCCUGGUAUGUCCAGAUGUCAGGACUGCUGGUUGCUUUUACAGUUCUGGAUUGUUUAAUUACAUUUUUAAGUGUUUGAUUUGAUUUUUUUAACAAGCAUGUUGAAAAGGGUUUUCUGCAACAUGUCUUGGGCACACCUUACAGUAACUUAGCAUGUUUUGAUAUAGAUGAUAUUUGGAAUUUUUGCAGAUUCUUGUACAGUGCAUGUAAACUUUAUUACUUUUCUCCCUCACAGUAAAUUGAGCAGCAAAUUAGUUGUUGGUCUUUAACGACCAAGUAUUGAGGUUUAAAAAAUAAAACAUUCCACCGCCCAAAGUCAUAUUUUCUUUCAGGUAAAAAAUUUAAACAACAAGAAAAAUAUUUUAUAUUUAUUGAUGCUGGCAACAUAAAUAUGAUUUAAAGUGUUUUUUUAAAUAUAUAUUUACUGUUGACAAACAUGCAAUUAUCUGUACUGGUACACCAGGACUUCCUUUUGAAAUCAAGUGUCAACAAACAUGCAAGAAAUGUUUGUUACUCUGUUUUUUCUUCUUCUUUAUGUAUUUAUUUUAAUUUGUUUUUUUUUUUGUGUGUUUUUGCAGGAACUGUUAGGGAAGAUGAGCAAAUCAUAAGUUCAAAUAAUAAUAUGGGAUAUUGCCACAGUCAAAGUUUUGUUUUCUUGCCUUGAUGAAAAUGAAAUUAAGUUACUAUAUUUUUGUUAGUUUUAUUUAAAAGCCAAGACCUGUUUAUUUUUAUUUUGUAUUUUUAAUAAAUUAUAAAAGCUUCUCAUUUUUGGGAAGUAAAAGAGUCCUAGAGUUGCAAUAUGUCUGAAUGAAUUUGAACUGAGGUAUUAUUCUUUUUCCACUGGAGGAAAUUUGAUUUUAACAGUUCUAAAACAAACCUUGUUGCUGUAACAGAAAAAAAAAAUCUAUAUUUUCAGUUUAGAUUACCUUGUGCAUAUAUUCAGAUGUCAGGACUUGAAUAAUUAAACAACCAUAAAAAUCUUUAUGGACUCUUUUGGAACUGGAAGAAUGCCUCAUGAUGACAAAGACAUAUGUUAUUUAUCCUUUUGAAUGCCUUUUAAUUUAAUCUUUUUGGUGCAAUGUGUUAAUACCAAGGCUAUGUCUUGGUGAAGUAUGGUUGAGUACAGAGAUUUAUGUAAGUUAUUUUUCAAAUUAAAAAUAAAAGAAAUUGAUAUUACAUUGAUA